AUGGCCAAGCUUCUACAAACCCUAAUUCUUCUCCUCUUUUGCAUAGCAUUUUUCCUAAUGCUAGCAAACAAGGCAACCUCACAAAAGACCUCCUUCACCUUCACCUCCUUCGUCGCCAACUCCACCGACCUAACCUACCAGGGCGACGCCCACGUCCCCGAUGGCGCCCGUUCCCUCCGGCUAACCAAAACCGACGCCAACGGCCUCCCACGGCCGUCGAGCAUCGGCCGCGUGUUGUACUCCAAACCCUUCAAAUUGUGGGAAAAUUCAAUUGUAGUAUCUUUCAAUACCACCAUAAAAUUCACCAUCACCCCCACCAAAGGCCCGGCCGCCGAUGGCCUCGCCUUCUUCAUGGCGCCCGUGGGGACCACCAUCCCCCCGGGUUCCUACGGAGGCAAUCUAGGCCUAUUCGACCCCUCGGGGGAUAGCCCGGCCGCCUCCACCUUCUUUGCUGUUGAAUUCGACCUCUACUCCAACGGUUGGGAUCCGAGCCAUGAUCUCCCGCACAUCGGCAUCGACAUCAGCUCGAUAAAGUCGAGCAACUUCGUGAAAUUUGGCGAUUCGUGCAUCGGUAAAGAGGCGCAGCUGCACAUACAAUACGACGGCAUCAAUUUCAUCGACGUUACGCUCAAAUGCGACAAAGAAACUCGCCUUCUCGAAUACGAGUAUGAUUUGGGGGAAAUUCUUCCGUCGCAGGUUCAGGUCGGAAUCGCCUCCUCCACCGGCGACCUCGUCGCCCUUCACGAUAUCGACUACUGGAGCUUCAGAUCGGCCGAGCAUGCCGGCGGCUCUAAAGAUCGAAAAACUGCGUGA